AUGCCUUGCAGCCGAAAGUGCUUGGUGUUGCUGACCCUGGCCCUGACGAGUCGCGCAGAGGACGCUGCUGGUCAUUUGCGAGGCCCUUCGAAAGAGGAUGCCCCUGUGACCCCUUCGGCCCCUGCUGCCCCUGGGCUGGCUGAGUUGAUUGAGUUGCCGGAUGCGAGCGGGUUGCCAGACACCCCAGGGCCAUACAAAGAAGUGCCAAGUGAUGCUGAUGCCGGAAAGCCAACAGCUGCUGUGAAGGAAUGGAGGUCCAAAGUUCCCAAUGCCACUCAUGGCAGUUUGGGCAGCUUGGUCUCGUUGCAAGCUUGGCAGGAUUAUCAGUUCUGCAAUGUUCACCAGACAGGUUUCUUCUGCGAUGGCCUCACUCGCGUUCGUUGCUGCAACUUGGAGGAUCGCUAUGCCAAGUGUGGUUCAACGACAAACUCAAGCACUUGCGGAGCUGAGAAGCCAGAGAAGUCUGAGCAGCCCAAGCAGCCUGAGUCUUCCAAGCAGAAGUGGUGGCCUUUUGGUCGGGCUGGCAUGUCAGCAGCUAUUGCCAAUCGCAUCAUGUCGUGUGUCGCCAUGCCUUGCAGCCGAAAGUGCUUGGUGUUGCUGACCCUGGCCCUGACGAGUCGCGCAGAGGACGCUGCUGGUCAUUUGCGAGGCCCUUCGAAAGAGGAUGCCCCUGCGACCCCUUCGGCCCCUGCUGCCCCUGGGCUGGCUGAGUUGAUUGAGUUGCCGGAUGCGAGCGGGUUGCCAGACACCCCAGGCCCAUACAAAGAAGUGCCAAGUGAUGCUGAUGCCGGAAAGCCAACAGCUGCUGUGAAGGAAUGGAGGUCCAAAGUUCCCAAUGCCACUCAUGGCAGUUUGGGCAGCUUGGUCUCGUUGCAAGCUUGGCAGGAUUAUCAGUUCUGCAAUGUUCACCAGACAGGUUUCUUCUGCGAUGGCCUCACUCGCAUUCGUUGCUGCAAGUUGGAGGAUGGCUAUGCCAAGUGUGGUUCAGCGGCAAACUCAAGCACUUGCGGAGCUGAGAAGCCAGAGAAGUCUGAGCAGCCUAAGCAGCCUGAGUCUUCCAAGCAGAAGGCCCUUUGGUUUUAUCCUCCAGCUGGGUACCCUGCAUAUCCCGGAUAUCCCGGUGGCAGCGGUGGCUGGCACAUUCACCAGGGCUGGCAUGUCAGUGAACCUGGGAGAAGGAUGGAGAAGGAACAUGUUCGCAAGAAAGCAUGCUUGGUGUUGCUGACCCUGGCCCUGACGAGUCGUGCAGAGGACGCUGCUGGUCAUUUGCGAGGGCCAUACAAAGAAGUGCCAAGUGAUGCUGAUGCCGGAAAGCCAACAGCUGCUGUGAAGGAAUGGAGGUCCAAAGUUCCCAAUGCCACUCAUGGCAGUUUGGGCAGCUUGGUCUCGUUGCAAGCUUGGCAGGAUUAUCAGUUCUGCAAUGUUCACCAGACAGGUUUCUUCUGCGAUGGCCUCACUCGCAUUCGUUGCUGCAAGUUGGAGGAUGGCUAUGCCAAGUGUGGUUCAGCGGCAAACUCAAGCACUUGCGGAGCUGAGAAGCCAGAGAAGUCUGAGCAGCCUAAGCAGCCUGAGUCUUCCAAGCAGAAGGCCCUUUGGUUUUAUCCUCCAGCUGGGUACCCUGCAUAUCCCGGAUAUCCCGGUGGCAGCGGUGGCUGGCACAUUCACCAGGGCUGGCAUGUCAGCAGCUAUUGCCAAUCGCAUCAUGUGGGCUCCUUUUGUCGCAGUCACAGUAUUAUCCACUGCUGCAACGAUUUUGGGCACUAUGUAGAGUGCAACUCUGCAUUCUCUGAUAGCGGCCGCUGGUGUUAG